UCUUCUUCCGAUUUUCUCUCUCCUCUCUCUUGAGAUUUUUGCUACGAACGGAGAGAGGAGAAAUAGAGAGAAGAAAAAGGUGAGAUUUUACUGACAGGUUCUCGAAAUUUCCUUCCACAUUUCGAUUUACAGGCGUUAUUUUCAAUGGAAAGAAUCUGAUCAUCAACACGAAACCAUUUCCAUUUCUCAUUUCUUUCCAUUUUUUAUCAUUUCCUUCCGCAGCUUCACGCCUUAGCAAGAUUUUUAUCUCCUUGGUGUGAGCAAAAAGGGCGGAAAAGAGAACUAAAAAAGAAAAAGGGAAUGACGUCUAUGGAUUUUGAAAACCAUCAUUGGAUCUGGGAUGGGGUUUACCCACACCUGUUUGGAGGAAUAAUGAUUACAGCUGCUGUUCUUGGAUUAUCAACGAGCUAUUUUGGUGGAAUCGGGGUCCCUAGUUUGCCCUAUUUUUGGCCAGAUUUAGGGAUCUUCCAUACUAAGAAGAAAUAUGGGAAGAAACCCAUUAGGGUUUACAUGGAUGGUUGCUUUGAUCUCAUGCACUAUGGCCAUGCAAAUGCAUUGCGGCAAGCGAAGGCUCUGGGAGAUGAAUUGGUGGUGGGAGUGGUGAGCGAUGAAGAGAUCAUAGCAAAUAAGGGUCCACCUGUACUAUCCAUGGAAGAAAGGGUGGUUUUAGUUAGUGGGCUGAAGUGGGUGGAUCAGGUCAUCAGCAAUGCUCCAUAUGCGAUCACCGAGAAAUUCAUGAAUAGUCUCUUCAAUGAGCACAAUAUUGACUAUAUUAUACAUGGAGAUGAUCCUUGCCUUCUUCCAGAUGGAACUGAUGCCUAUGCCCUGGCGAAGAAGGCAGGCCGCUACAAGCAGAUCAAGCGCACCGAGGGUGUUUCAAGCACAGAUAUUGUUGGCAGGAUACUUUCUUCUAUGAGGGACAAAGAACUUGGUGAUAGUCGUAAAACUGAAUGCUUACCAGAACAGUUCCAUGGCGGGAAUGGCGAUCCUGCUGUGGAAAGUGGUUACAAUGGAUCCCAAGCAUCACAUUUUCUACCCACAUCUCGUCGGAUUGUACAAUUUUCAAAUGGAAAGGGGCCUGGACCAGAUGCUCGUGUGGUCUAUAUUGAUGGCGCAUUUGAUCUCUUUCAUGCCGGUCAUGUGGAGAUCCUUAAGUGUGCAAGGCAGCUUGGAGAUUUUCUACUCGUAGGCAUCCAUAACGAUCAAACUGCCAGUGAGCGCAGAGGAACCCAUCCAAUUAUGCACCUUCAUGAGCGGAGUCUAAGUGUUCUUGCAUGCCGAUACGUGGAUGAAGUCAUUAUUGGUGCACCUUGGGAGGUCACAAAAGACAUGAUAACAACCUUUAACAUUUCCUUGGUUGUGCAUGGGACGGUUGCUGAGAGCAACUGCCUGUCCAGUGAAGGAGUCGAUCCGUAUGCCGCUCCUAAGAGGAUGGGAAUUUUUCAGACAGUCGAGAGCCCUAGAAAUACCACCACCGGUUCGAUAGCCAAAAGGAUAAUUGCUAAUCAUGAGACUUACAAGAAACGCAAUGAGAAGAAGGAAGAGAGUGAGAAGAGAUACUAUGCAGAGAAGAAAUUCGUGUUUGGAGAUUGAAAGCUGAUUGAAAGCUGAUUGCGAUGCAUAGAAACAGUUGACUCGGUAGAAACAGCUCGCUGUUGAAGAGAUGCGUGAUGUACUUUUCGUCUUGUAAUGUAUGCAGAGAGAUGCCGUUUAAGGGAAAAAAAAACCAGUGUAGGUAGAAACAACUCCGAACCAUUUUAAUCCCAUUGAUGGGAAAAUGUAAUGGCUAACAUAUAUGUAACAUAUGUUGUAAUCUCUCCUCCAAAGUAAUAUGUAUAGGAACCAUGCUUCAGGCA